AUGGCUGGAAUUGAAGAACUACGGGCCCAGUUUGCUGAACUUCAGCGCAGAUUAUCAGACCAAGCUGAGGCAUUACAGCAAGCUAGAACAGAACAGAGAGAAGCCUUAUCACUGGCUAAGGCAGUGAUAGACCAACAGGCAGCAGAAGCUAAGAAACCCCCUACUAUUUAUGUCCCACGGGAGCAGAAGGUCACAGAGUUUGGUGGCUUCCCGACAAGACCAGGAGACAUUACAGUAGAGGAGUGGGUCAAGUCUGUGAAGGCGGCUCUGCGUGUGCUAAGAGUACCUGAAGAAGAUCAUGUGGACUUCAUAGAGGAGCACCUCAAGGGCCAGGCCAAGGCCACACUGCACGAACUGCAGCCCCGGGAGGGAGAGCUGGCAGAGCAUGCUGUGUUUGAGCACUGCCCGCUGCCGGGCGCUGCCAUUAGGAAAUCAGGCCAACCUCGUCUAAAUUCCUCUCCCAAAGUCAUUUGUUCUUUUCCAGCUUCUUCUGCUCACAUCCUUCGCUCCUCGGGCAUCCUGUCGGUCUCCCAACAAGCCUGGACUAAAGUGUCCCGUUACUCCCUGGAAGGAUACAGCUGGUUGGAGAGGAACGUCCCUGUUUACUAUUCCCAAGUGCUGACGGUGUUGGGACCAAACCUGAAACUGGUUUGGACAAAGACCAAUGAGACUGCAGUUUACGUCUCUGGGAAAUGUUCCUCUCAGAUCUCUUGGGUCAAGGACAACCUGCCCUGGUUCACUGAGUGGCUCCAGGCCCGGGUUCCAGACUUCCUGCUGCACUUCGCUGAAUGCAUCAAGGAGCUGUUACUCCUCGUCCUGCAGCGCUGCGUGCUGCCAGCGCUGGAAUCCGUAGGCACAGCCCUCGAGCGGGGAUGGGAGCUGUGUGUGGACGCUUGCAAUGGAGAAGUGUCAUGGGACUGCAUGAGAAAACAUCUGACAAGCUUUACCUAUUCCUCCUGGAUGUACCUGCAAAACACAACGCUGGCCAUCAAGAACUGGGCCUUGGCCAUGAUUUCUGGACACUAGAGUCUGGCUCUCUGGAGCACUGGGGACGACGUUCACGUCAUUAAUCUCCUCUUGUACAGUGACGAAGGACGGUGCUGACUGUGUAGCCUGCGUUGAGGGGUUGGAGCAGGUGUCUGCGCAGGCUGAGACGCGGGGGUAGCUGGGGAGGUUUUCCCUGGGGCGACAUGUCCAAGCUUUAUGCACCCUGUGAUUUAGUUUUGGUUAUUCGUGUCCAGCUCCCCCACCCCCGGCCUGUAACUCGGGCAGGUGAGCUGCUGACUGUGCCUCUCCACCUGGGCCCGGUCCUGUAACACACCCUGAGCUUUGCUGUCUGAAUGGUGAGGUUACCGGAAGAGCAGCCCCUGAAAGGGGGGUGGCUCCGGUGUGCACACGGCAGCACACAGACAUCUGUGGCUGCCGGCCCAGGCUAGCCUAGCGCCUCAGCCCUCCCCGCUCAGUUCAUGUGGCUUUGGACCAUCCACUGGGAUCUUUCUAUCCCAGAUGAGUUGACAGGACAGAUGCAUUCAGUUUAAUUUAGUGCAUGGACCUUCUGUUCCUCUUUGAAGGUGCGUCUGGUGUUGAGGUGCCGUGGUGGCAGCCCACGAGCUCUCUUCCCCUUUGACUCCCCCGGCCCCAACCGCUGUCACGUAGUUUGCUGGCUCUCGCCACGCAGCCUCAGGUCACCUACUGUGCUCUGAUCCAUUGCCCUGCCCAGGGGGCAGCGGCCAGAGCCCCUCUCGGCCAGGGCGAACCUGCAUUGACAAAGUGUCGGUUGUUCCCAGCAGCCCCCUAGGCUCUAACGGCUGAGGGGAUGUGCUGGCGGCUUUCCAAAGAGCUGCACCGUAGAACAGAGACACUCUCCCCUCCAUCGAACGUGGCAGCGUGGGCCUUGGGGACUACAGCUCCCAGCAGGUAUCGCUCUGCUUCGGCCAUUGGGAUCAGGAGGGAGUGCUGCAUGCUGGGCCCUGGCGCCCCAAGCCACAGCUCCUGUUGGAGGCGGGUGGCCGCUGCCAUAGAACCUCUCCAGUUACCCAAACGGGGAGUGGGGAAAGGGGCCAAACCCAGCUCCCGUGGGCUGCCUUACCGAGGGUGCUGCCGGCGGCAGGGCAGGCUCAGUGACGUCUGGCUUUGGCAGCCACGCCCUGAAGCCCGGGGGAAGGAAAUAGGACGGGGUCAGGCUCCAAUUCAGGAGUGGGGGCGAGAGGGGAGCGUUUCAUUCAUGUCACUUGUUCCUUGUGCCUGUAGGGGAGCCUGUCUCUCCGUAUCCGCUUCCCCUCUUGUCAGUGUCUAAAACAGGCUGAGGCGUGGCGGUGGCCAGGCGCCCGCUGUCCUGGCACUGGGGGGGCGGGGAGGGGAGCUGUUCUCUCCUCACCCAGCUGGGCGAGGGGAAGGCUGCAGUGCUAAGGCUGCAGGAGCUGGAGUGUAAUAGUGUCCGACUGCAGCACCUCCUGGCUGCUGGGAGGAGAGGUCUGGAGCGGGUCUCAUUCCACGCUCCCCAUGGCCGUCUCCUGCCCCCAGCCCUUGCUGGUGCUAGGAGAUUCUCAGCCCUAGACUGCAGCAGUGAUCCGCCUUCCCUCGCCUGGCUCCGGGUGCAAGGGAACAGCCUGCUCCUUAACCUCCUGUUCUCUGUGCCCAGCGACGGGCCCUCUGUGAAAGGAGCUGGUUGGGUCUGAGCCAGUCUGCGUCUCGGCCACUCUCCUGGCCGGAAGCAGCAGCGAGCCCGCUGCCUGGCGGUCUCUCCAGCAGAGGCCUGGCUGCUCCCUUAGACACUGGGGAUGGGGCGAGGCUGUUGCUGCAGGGUAGAUGGGUGCGAGGCUCUCUAGCAGCCUGGCGCUGUCCACUAGCGCAGCCUAGCCGGGAGAAGACUCGCAGCAGGGUGACAUGGGGCGGGGAGAUGCUCAGGCACGUCUGUAAAAGCCAUAUUAACCGAGCUGAGCCCUGGUGGGGAGCAGUGGAGGCUGCUUGGUGAACCCACUGUCUAGUCUGAGCCAUAUUGUCCCCCGAAGGAUCAGGCAGCCCAGUGCAGUCCUGCUGCCCUGGUAGCCUAAGAAAGCCCGUCUCCUUCCCUGCCUCCUUGGCCUUGGGACUCUGCAGCCUGGUAGGGAGUUUUCCCAACACCCCAAACCCUCUGUCGCUGGAGACAGGGUGUGCAGGGUGCCACUGUGAGGACCUGCUGGGGAGAUGGGUGUGGCAGGGGCCUUGCUUCUCCAUGCUUGUAUGUCUCGUUGAGGUGUGCUCAUGCCUGGGGUGUGCCCUCCUGUGAAUGCCCCGCCGGCCUGGAGCCUCACCUGUGUCCAAGGUCCCUGUGACGGGCCUGGGAGGAGAAUCUCCCGGCUGCCUGUGUCCCUGUUUGCUCACGCAAUUCCAAAGGUUGCAGGACCCAAAUAAUUGAAAUUGUAUAUGACUCUUCUCAAAUGAAAUAAAGGAAACUCUAUUUGA